GAAGGGUGAACCUUGUUGUGUGGUAUUGUGUCUUAUGAAUAUACCACAGUUUGUUCAUUUUCUUUUUGGUGGACAUUUAGGUUAUUUUUCUAUUAUAAACAAUGCUACUAUGAGUAUCUUACCCAUGGUCUAUGUGCUGGAGAGUCUUUCAGGUAAAGAAUUGCCGGGUUGUCGUGUAUGCCCAUAUUCAACUGUACUGGAUAUUCCCAAAUUGUUUUGUAAAGUAGUUGCUAUUUAGGUGUUUAAUUUGAUUUUAUUUUCCUUUCAGUGCCUGAAGACCUUUCAUUAGAAGAGAGAGAAGAACUUUUAGACAUUCGUCGAAGAAAAAAGGAACUUAUUGAUGACAUUGAGAGGCUGAAAUAUGAAAUUGCGGAAGUGAUGACGGAGAUUGACAAUCUAACUUCUGUAGAGGAGAGCAAAACUACGCAGAGGAACAAGCAAAUAGCCAUGGGGAGAAAGAAAUUCAACAUGGAUCCCAAAAAGGGAAUUCAGUUUCUAAUAGAAAACGACCUGCUGCAAAGUUCCCCAGAAGACGUAGCCCAGUUCCUUUAUAAAGGAGAAGGCCUAAAUAAGACCGUCAUUGGGGACUACCUGGGUGAAAGGGAUGAAUUUAAUAUUAAAGUUCUUCAGGCUUUUGUUGAACUCCAUGAGUUUGCUGAUCUCAACCUCGUACAAGCCUUAAGGCAGUUUCUGUGGAGCUUUCGGCUUCCCGGGGAGGCUCAGAAAAUCGACCGCAUGAUGGAGGCUUUUGCUUCACGCUACUGCCUGUGCAAUCCCGGGGUCUUCCAGUCCACAGAUACCUGCUAUGUGCUGUCGUUCGCCAUCAUCAUGCUCAACACCAGCCUCCACAACCACAACGUGCGGGACAAGCCCACGGCAGAGCGGUUCAUCACCAUGAACCGCGGCAUCAACGAGGGAGGGGACCUUCCAGAGGAGCUGCUGAGGAAUUUAUAUGAAAGUAUUAAGAAUGAGCCAUUUAAGAUCCCAGAGGAUGACGGGAAUGACUUGACUCACACGUUCUUCAACCCCGACCGGGAAGGCUGGCUCCUGAAGCUGGGAGGCCGCGUGAAGACCUGGAAGCGGCGCUGGUUCAUCCUGACGGACAACUGCCUCUACUACUUCGAGUACACAACAGAUAAGGAGCCCCGGGGAAUUAUUCCACUGGAAAACCUCAGCAUCCGAGAGGUGGAAGACCCGCGGAAACCGAACUGUUUUGAGCUUUAUAACCCAAGCCACAAAGGGCAAGUUAUCAAAGCCUGCAAGACAGAAGCUGAUGGCCGCGUGGUAGAAGGGAACCAUGUGGUGUACCGGAUCUCUGCCCCGACCCCGGAGGAGAAGGAGGAGUGGAUCAAGUCCAUCAAAGCAAGUAUCAGUAGGGAUCCUUUCUAUGACAUGCUGGCAACAAGGAAAAGAAGGAUUGCCAAUAAAAAAUAAGAGCUUUCCUGGCUCAACAGAUAUGACCCUGGGGGCACAGGGCUGCUGUGUUUGGGGUUUGGCCUCAGAGUGGUGUUGGGAAAAGCAAGCAUGAAGGAGACACCUGAUGAAGUCUGUUUCUCUGCUGCGUCAUCUGCGAGGGAGCAUCAUCACCAAGGCUGCUCACAGGAGCCGUGCAGAACACGUGGUGCUACAGUCUGUGUAGUUUGCCAUCCAUCCGAGUGUUACAUGAAGCCAUCUAAUUCCAGGUCUUGUGACAGUAUUAACACAGUGGGCACAAAGCCAUCGUGCCCACCGAUCCCCAGGCAGGCCCGUUCCAGAGAGCCCGCCAGGCCGGGGCUGUGUGCCGGUGGCCGGAGGCCAGGCGACAGUUUCAUCUCCUCGCGUGGGCAGGCCUGGUUUUCCUGCCUGAGCUUGAGCCUGAUCAGUCAUGUUCAUCCUCCCCGCCCAGUGUCUACACUCAGUGCUUGAAUCAUUAGCUUCAAGUCUGGCCAAAGAAAAAGCCUCCUCCAGAGACAGGGAGUAGGAGGCAGUAAAGAGGAGUGCCCAGUGGCGCCUGCAGUGUCCACAGCCUCACCGGGCUCUCUCGCUGGGCCCCCGAGGAGGACCGGAUUUCUUCAGGGUCAGGUAACACUUUUGAACAAUUAUAUGUGGUACCAAACUGAGUCCAAAUAGGAGCUAUUCACCAUGAAGCAGCACUCAGUGCUUCACAUAAAGCAAUGCAUAUUUUUAAAGUUACAAAUGCAUAUAUCUACACAGAUAUGCUUGCUGAGAAGUUUAGGUCUGUGGUAGACCAGAAACCACAAAUUGUGAUUUCUCGUUUUCUUAUUUUUUCUUAGAAGACAUUUCUAUUUACAGUAAAUAUAGUAUGUAAAUAAUUAAUGUACAUAUAUAUGGAUUUCUGGAAUGUUAUUCAGUGUAUAUACUUCCACAACUUGCAUGAAGAAAUAUUCUGUAUCUUGAUAUUUUGUUGUAAAGUGAAUAGUAAGUAAAGUUGGAGACUGUAUGGCUAUAAACGCUCUCUUGCAAAUACCGUGUUCACGCAAUAAAAAAAUCAAACGUAUUGUUAAGCAAGAUCGUCUAAGAUUUGGUUCUUUAGAACAGAGCUGCUGUUGGAGCCAGCAACCUGCUCUCCAGCUCUGAUCACUGGAAUGUCUGCGGGCAGGCUGGCCUCUGUCUGCUUAAGGAGGUGAACGAGAGAGAGGAAGUAGAGGAAGUCAGGUAGAAGUGUCUGUAAGCAAAUGGGAAACCAGCAGUAAAAAAUAAGACACAAAAUGUUGAAUUUGCUGCCAUUUAUAUACUAUAUAAAUUUCACAUGCUGUAUAUUUACAGUGGGGCAAGUGCUUUUUAAUCUUUAAAAAAACAAAGAUCAAACUUUAGACAUCUCUGAACAACACAAACUGUAUAAACCAUACAGAUUAUUCAGAUAACAAACUGUAUUACAUACAGUUUUCCCCACUCCAUCUCCUGAUGCAGGACCAGUGAAUUAUAAGUGUAUCACAGUUUGAUAGCAUAUCCAUAUUAAAAAUAAAAUCACAGUAUGAAUUUGUCUGUAACUAGGAACUUUAAGGGACCAAGCUGAUGACUCAGACGCCUGUACCAUAUAGUCAAGACAAGAGACACUGUAUCAAAAAGGGUUAGGUAAUAAAAACAUACUGUAGGCUUUACAAAUAAUGUUUGGAUUAUACAUUCAUAAUGUAAAUACUCAUCAUAACUGGUAAAUUGAUUGGAAUAGUUCCACAAAGUUCAAAAACAGAACUUGUCUAUAAAAUACAUCUUGAAUACAACUAAAAUAUGAAGCAAAUUAGUUUCUAGUAUCAGACAUUACAGAAAACAGACUUCUCUCAAAAGUCUAGUUGAGAGCUGUGAAUCUUUAAAUAAGUCUUUAAAUUAAAUACACACACUGUCAGUUGUUUGUACUUUAAUAAUUCCAUGGUUUCCCGGUUGGUCUUGCACCAGAUGUCUAACUUGGAGGAACAUUACAUGAAAUACAAGUAAUCAACCUGAGUCUGUAAUUAAGCAGCAUUUGAGAUGUUCUAUUCCAGGGCAUUAUUUUCAAUGUGAUUUAUAUACACGGUAUCUACAAUGGUCAGCAGUUGUAGAAAGUGUUCAUCCAUUUGGAAUAAGGGCAAUUAAGAAAAGGUAAAAACUAAAAAAAAAGUUCUCCAUGGUAAAAUCUGUACAGUAUUUACUAAAGAAGCACCACGCAGAUUUGAACAAAGUUAUUUUCUAUAUAAUUUAAGCUGGGUUGGGGAUGGCUUCUGUUGAACAUGUUGAAUCUGAAAGACAAGAGGCAGCAGACAUUAGUGAUUCCCUAGGAAGGAGGGCUGGGACAAAGGGCCCAGUGAGCUGCAGGAGGGGCCUCCCCUUUUCACACCAGUGACUUAUCCAUGGCUUCCCUCUUAAGCAGCUUCCCAAGGUCUUUGGGGAGACUCUCCCUCCUUAAAAUGGUAACUCUGGUUGCCUCUCUGAGGCAUAAUGGAGCAAGGUGGCCAGCUGAUGGCACGUGCUGGUCCUUGGAUCCAAGCUGGCUGCUGAUCCACCUCAACCCGACAUUCCCCUCGGGCUCGGGUUCCCUCCUUAAUUAGGCUUAGGUCUCUUCCUUGAGGACGGGUGGAGAAAGCAUGCUAAUUAACUGCAAACUAAUCUUCAGGAGAAAACUCAAUUUGAAAUUCAUUUAAAUCCCUGUCACUGACUAAAAAGUUAAGACACAUUUGGACAAAAUUCCUUUGAAAGGCAAAAUGAUUCACUGUCCCCGUUACCUCCGAAAGUGCAGGGUAUAAACACGAUUGCCAUCUCCCAGGGCCACUGAGUAAAACUCCAGUAUUAAAUUACUUGAACACUCCUUGACACUCAAGGGUUUCGAUCUGCUAUGAGGCACUCACACCACAGUUGAAUAAAACAAAGUCAUUUCCACCUGAAAAGGGUAUGUGUUGACAGGCUUCUGAAUGACUGCCAAGUCUGGCAUUUGGGGUCAGUGUCCCCGGCCUGGGCACCGGGCCAGGCAGCCCAAUGUGAGUGGUGCUAACCCCUCAGUCCACAGACCAGGUGUCCCAGAAGCACGGGGAAUGGGGAAAGGAACAGAGAUGCCCAGGUUCCUCCCUUAGAGCAACCAAUCAGGCAGGCCUGGGCUGGGGAAACAGGAUUCUCCAUUUGUCAAAUGACCGUCCUGUUGAUUCUAAUGCCAUGAACUCUGCCAGCUUUUCUUACAAUGAAGGAGAUGGGAAAAUGGAGUGACUCUCUUCCUAAGUCUAAGGAACAUAAAUCUUCCCUGACAACGUUGGGAAAGUCUGAGGAAAAGGGGGCUAAAUCCUUCUGCAGGUGUCUGGACUUCCCAUGAAAAGCAUCUGUGGGCAGUGCGGAGCAUCUGCCGACAGUGCAGAGCUUGUUGGGAAGCAGCUAAGUGGGGCUGGUUCCCCAGACCCGCCCACCCCGUCCAUGGUAGACACCCCGCAUCUUAUCACCUAGCUACUGGGGGUAGGGCCGAGACCAGGAGGGUGCUCCCUGACAUCUGACAUUGUCUUUAAAGUUAACACUCCCUUCUCUGUGUCCCUCACCAGCUCUGUCAGCAUUUAUGAAAUAUACAAUAUGAAAACAGCUUACCAUAACUAGUGAAUUGUUUUGAGGCCGAGUUUUCAAUCACCUAGAAAGCAAAGGUUCGGAAACAUUUUAAUGAUGGUUUUGCACAAUUUUUAGUGCCUCUGCUCUGCAGGUGCAUUAAACGACUACAGUUAACACUCCAUUCUCUGAAGCCUCCAGUUCAUGGCCUGAGAUCAGGCCUCCAGGAGGACAGGCACGUGCAUGUCAUGAGCUGCUUCUCCAAGUGCUUUGCUGAAAGCAAGAGACAGUUCAUGUGGUACUGAGGGGCCCCGUGGGUGGGCACCAUCUGCAGCCCCAUCAGACAGACCAGCACUCAUGACAGAAGCAUCUUAGGCCAAAGAAACGAGCUGAGGGCUGAAAAGAACCAGAGACUAUGAGCCAAAUGAGAAAGGUAAAACAGGCAAAGUGCAGGACAAGGGACUUGAGAUGCAUGGAAGACAGUCAGAAAAGCGUGUCCAUCCUCCGUCCAAUGGGAGGAGUCCCCUCUGGGAAGGAUG